AUGCAGGCAGGAGCAUCAGCACAAGGUGGCGAUGGAUUGCUGAAGACCUGGUUGGAUGAGGGGGUCAGGGCGGCGAGCGCAGGGCAGGGUGCUGCCGUAACGCCUGAAAAAAUUACAGACGAAUUGCGGAAGAGUUUGCAAGCACAAUGGGACAAACUGAGUAGUAGACUGCUACUGGCGGAAGAGAACAAAAUAACGAACCUCUGUAAGAAGAAUAUGCCGGAGAAUUUGUGGACAGGGGCGAAGGAAUCAUUCGGGCGGGAAUAUAUGCGCGAUUUAUGUAAAGGCAUAAUGGGAGUAAGAUAUUUUGUGAGUGGAAUCGAAGAGAAAAAGGACAAGGAAGUGGCGGUUGAAACAAGUAUUCCAGAACAUGAAUGGUACCCGCGUUGUGUUGUUUCAGCCGUGGCCCUAUCCGAAUUGUAUGGUGAUCAUUGUCACUUGGGGGAUGCUAUUAGAGGCAUAACAGAAGAUGGGGAAAAAGCGGUAAUGGAACAUCUGAGUAAGGAGAGCCUUCAGCACCAACUCAAUAAAUGUGCGGGAAUUACCAGGGAGGAAGUACUUCUAGGUAAAUCCGUUCUCAGUGAUACAAUCAAAGAUUGGACAAAAACAAAAAGGGACGCAGGGAAAGGGGACGGCUGGAGAGUAAAGCAGUUAUGGAAUAGCAAGUGGAAAAAGGUCUGUCCCGCGGAGAAUAAGGCGACACAGAUAGAACGGGCACAGAAGGAAGCAAGGGAAGAGAAUAAAAACAUUGUAACACCUUUUUUAAAAGUGGGAACUGAUAACUCCGGGUCCACUUUCGGGGAUAUACUAAUGAACGAAGACAUGAAAUUAGACGAGAAAAAAUUAAAACAGCUUUUCGAGACAGCAAUGCAAAACGACAGUACUGCUGGCAAUACUGCUCCUCUUAACGUGGACAACUUAAUGGAGCAGUUAAAUAAGGAAUAUCAGACAAAAGCAGCUGAAAUAUGCAUGAAGCAAGAUGGCAACAGUUUAUGUGGUCGACUAAAGUGUGCAAGAGAUCAUUGGAAUUUGACGAAAGGACAGAGCGGCAACAGCAACGAGGAAUUCUGGAAAAACUAUGUCCAGGAGAAGCUUAACAGUCUAUUCUCUGAUAAGGUAGACAAUGGUGACACCGGAGGUGCCAAAUGCGACAGCGGUUCUAUGGACAGUGCGAACCAAGCAGCUUGCAAGCGCAUGGCAGCAUUGUUGAAUCACAUGUACACGACCACAAAUGGCACUAACGAACUGUCUGAUCAAAUUGUACAAUGUGUUCUGUUAAAUGCUUAUGCUAAAAAAUUAAAAGACGAAGCAAAAGAAAAAGGUUAUUGUAGCAUAGAUGAGGGUAUAAAAGAAGCUUUCGCAACUGCUGCGAAUGGUAAGGGUGUCUCUUGCCAAUGGGAAGAAAACAACUAUGACCAAUGCUCAAUUACCACAAGUGCCACCACCAAUGAGAGUGUAAAGGAAAAAGUGAAAACACUGUUCAGCAGCAACAACCAAACAGGGGACACCAAAAUACACGAAACCUUGGCUGAGUUCAAUAAGGGAAAUUCCUUAUGUGAACGAGUAAAUUGUGCAUUGCAUUGGUAUAAGAGCACGGGAAAGACUGAUAUGUGGAACGAAGUCCAAGGGCAUGUCACUUCACUUGGCCAGACCAUGUCUAACAAUACGGACGAAGGGUUAGGGACCCACUGCGAAGGCUUGGGCACCAACAAGGAAAAGGAAGUAUGCCUCCUCUUUGCAAAAGGAUUACACCACAUGUACAAAAAUACAAAUACUAACAGCAACGAUCCUACGAAGUUGUUUCAGCGAACUAUGAUGUGCGCAGCAUUAAAUGCUUAUGCAAAUAAAUUGAAAGCGGACGCGCAGAAUAAAACGAGUAGCGGAAAAGGGAGCUGCAACAUAAAGGAGGGCAUAAGUAAGGCCUUUGGAGCAAGUAAAAACAUUAUGGAAAAAGGAAAACCUACAUGCCAAGGUUCUAACAAUCCUGGUUGUUUUCAAUGCACAUGGGAGAAAGAUAAAUUUGCCAAAUGCGCAAUUAACACAAAUGGCCCAGGUAGCAAAACUGAGGAAGUGAAGGACAAAUUGACGACCGUUCUCGAGAACGACGAAACUGGACUGAAGGAAUCUUUAGACAAAAUAUGUUUACCAUGCCUAGAUAAUACGGAACUAUGUAAACGUGCAGAAUGUGUUAUAGGGAGAUGGAAGACUAAUCGGAACGGUCAAUCUGCAAUUGACCCUUGGGAGGAAGUUCAAACUCAACUGAAGAACCUUUCUGGGGAAAUACAGAAGAAAAAGGACAGUGUAGGCAGCCAUUGUACGGACCUUCAGAGUGAAGAAGAGAAGGAAAUAUGCAAGCUUAUUGCUGCAGGAUUAAAGAGUAUUUAUGAAAUUAAAGCAAAUAAAAGCAAAGUGGACAGGAGUACGAAGAAAGAUUUGGAGGAUCAAUUAUUUAGACGUACCAUGCGUUGUGUUUUAUUAAAUGCUUUUGCUGAUAAAUUAGAACAACUUCCAUGUGCAGAAGAGAAGAAAGUAAAGGACGCUAUAGAUAAAGCAUUUGAGAAGAAUAGUGAUAUUAGGGGUGGAAUUGAUGCGUGCAAGAAAGAUGAUGAUAAAUGUUUCACGUGUGAUAGGUUUAACGGUCUCGCCAAUUGCGAAAUUGGCGAGAACGGUAACAAGGACAAAGUAAAAGGAAAAGUAGAACCCAUGCUAGAAGGAGAUAAUACACUCAAGAAGCAACCUCUGGAGAAGACCAUAUGUAAACCGUGUACUGGGGAAAAGAACGGGGAUUUCUGUAAAGAACUUAAUUGCGUAGCAGAGAAAUUGGGAAAAAGGAAGUACGGAAGUUCAAGCGGAACUCCAUCCUGGAAUGACAUGAAGGAUGACUUUGGAACAGAGUUAAAAGCACUGCUGGAUGAAAUGAAGAAAAAUGAUAAUCAAAACGCAGUUGCAACGAAAUACUGCAGCACAGACAAGGGCGGCAACACAUGGAGCGAAAGAGAUGCCCAUGGCGCCGCAAACAAGACUGCUUGCAAACUUGUUGUAGCGGGGCUGCAACAUAUAUCCAGUAUUCAGGAAUCCUUCUCCACUAAGGAGAAAACCCCUUAUGAUAACCAAGAGUUUAAACAACUUGCUUCCUGCUUAUGGCUAAAGGAGGUCGUAAAAAAAAUGAAAGAAGAGAGUAAAAUUUGUGACAUUUCUAAAGGUAUUCAGGCCGCUUUCUUAAAGACAGAACAAAUUAAAGGAGAGAAAUGUACAAAAGAACCCUGCAUUGUCUGUAAUUGGGACGAUAAUAACGAUAAAAACAAACUUGGCAAUUGCCAAAUUGGCAACGAAACUGUCAAUGUGAACACCAAAUUGGAAGCAGUACUCACGGGAGAGAAGAAGAACGAAGUAGAUUCCACCCUCCGAGCAAUAACUGAAACAAAGGGAAAUGCGGAUUCUUCUUUAUGUCCUCGUCUUCAAUGUCUAGCAUCUCGAGUUAGGGCUCUUAAGAAGGAGAUCGACUUCUGGAAUGAGAAGGGCGAAGUUGCCAACUUAUGGACAGAACUGUCACAAGCAAUGACUAAAGAUGGGGGUAACGGUACUAAAGGAAAUGGAUGUGAUAAAAUGGACUCCGAAGAGAGGGAUGCCACUGGCCCUGAAAAGAAGGCAUGCAAUUAUUUGCAUGCCGGUCUAAAGACAUUGUACAAUGGUUCUACGACGGCGGCGACGACGACGCCGUCGACGACGUCGUCGUCAGGAACCAUCAGCCUGAAGGACAACCCACUGUUGAGACAAACAGUGGGUUGUUUAUUACUUCACGCUUAUGCAAAGAAAAUGAAAGAAACAUCAACCUGUGUUAUCGAUUCUGGUAUAGCGAAGGCAUUCAAGGCAUGGAAUGAAGAUAAUAAAUCUACUUGCAAGGACAAUGGCACAAAACCUUGUGUUCCGUGCGAAUGGAAUGAAGACAUCCUUGAAAGUUGCCACAUUCACACAACUGAUGCCACUAGAACAAACCAAACCGCAGUAAAGAGUAAAUUAACACAAGUUCAGGGCAACAUUGACCGCAUCUCGAAUAUCAACCUAAAGGACAUAAAUAAAAUGUCCACUUUAUGCGAUUACAUUAGAUGUGUUGGACCCAAAUGGUUCAAAAACAAGGCAAAAACGACGAAUGGAAAUAUUAUUGCAACCAAGGAUUGGUGUAACUUUUGGGAGGAGGAAGGCGUCAGAACAACAUUGCAAGAUAUGUUCCAGAAGAUCGUGUUGGAUGUAAGUAACACAUCAGGGGCAAACACUAAUAACGCAACAUGCAGAAUCUUUGGGGAUAAUAAUCCUGAUAGUGUCGAAAGAAAAGCUUGCAAUCAUAUCGCGGCUGGAUUAAAAUACAUUAAAAACAUUCCAUCAAAUGUUAGUGGUAGUGGUAGUGGUGGUGCUGCUGCUGCUGCUCCUGCUCCUGCUGCUCCUGCUCCUGCUGCCAAUCAGAACGGCCAUCAGCAUGAUGAUAACUUUUUUAAACAAUCUAUGAUGUGCGCAGCACUUAACCUUUACGCAACUAAAAUAAAAAAGGCGUCUGAGGAGAAAUGUCCUAUUGAUGAGAAAAAAAUAGAAGCUAUGUUCGAAACAUGGAACCGAAUUAAUAAUUCUUCAUGUAAUGCUGUUCGUAGUGCUAGUAAAAAUAAUUGUUUUCUUUGCUCAAGGCAAAAGGAAGAAUUUAAUAAUUGCAAACUAAGUGUUUCCAAAACUUUAAUUAAUACAACAUCAACACAAACAAAUGGAGAUUGCGAAACUAACGCAACUAAAGUGAAGACUAAAAUGGAAGGUCUCCUCAACGACUCUAAAACCACCAAAAUGAAGGAAACAUUAUCCACUAUCACUAACAUGGACUCUUUCUGUAGUAAAAUGCAAUGUGCAGCAAAACAAUACCACAAAAAUAAACAUAAUGGCGCGCAGCCCAAAACGACGCUAUCAUGGGAUGACAUAAGCACUGUUGUUAAUGAAGAAUUACAGAAACUUCUAAAAAAAAUUACGGAUGAUAAGAAUUGGAAAAAGAAGGAAUUUGAACAAUACUGCACCGACAACAUUGGUUCUUCAUGGUCAGAGGACACCGGCGGAGAAAGAACUGCAAAGCAAAAAGCUUGUAAGCUUUUUGCUUUAGGUUUAAAACACAUUUCUGAUAUUAAAAACAAGAAAAACAACAACCAAGACCAUGAGAUACCACUUAAACAAACUAUGAUGUGCGCAGCACUUAAUCUUUAUGCUGAUCAAUUAAUAAACAAAUCAAAUGAUCAAUGUCCUCUCGAUAAACAAAAAAUGACGGAGGUAAUAGAUGCCACCUUUCUGAAGAGUGAUGCCAUUAUGAAGAAUGGAACACCUUCAUGCUCAGCUGGUAAUGGUAUUAAUUCUUGUUCUGUUUGCACAAGACAAAAAAGCACUUUUGACAGUUGCAAAAUUGGACAAGACAAUGUAAAGGACAGUAUGAACACACUCCUCCAAAACAACGACAAAACCAACACCAACACCAGCAAAAUGGAACAAACACUAGACAAAAUAAAUAGUAAAGACACUUUCUGUACUCAAGUCCAAUGUGCUAUCAGACAACACUACAGAACCAAAAAAGGACAGGCAGGUGGAACGACCACACCAUAUUGGGAUGACUUGAAGGAUGACAUCAAUAAUGUAUUAACGCAACUUCUAGGAUAUAUGACGCAACCUUCGGAGCAGUCCGCUGUUGCUGACUACUGCAAAGAUAACGACGCUAAUUGGGAUAAAUAUGGCCGUAGACAGGGCCAAACAAAUAAAGCAGCUUGUUUACUUUUUGCUGCAGGAUUAAAACACAUUUAUGACCAAAAGAAGGGCCCUGUUAAGGGCCCAUCGUUUGAACAAACGAUGAGUUGUUUAUUUCUUAAAGAAUAUGCAAAACAAUUAAAAGAAAUGGCAAAAGAGAAGAGAAAAGGACAUAGUUGGGUACAUCCCUAUUGUAGCAUAGAGGAUGGUAUAAAGCAUGCAUUUGAUGAAAUUAAUACCACUAUGAAAGAAUCACCUCAAUGCAAAGAUAUUAAUGGUACUAAUUCUUGUUUUGUGUGCAUACAGAACGAUGGUUAUAAUAAUUGCCUCAUUGGCACUGACAAUGUAAAGGAAAAAGUGGAACCACUGCUCGAAGAGAACAAAAACCAUAUGCAACAAACAUUAGAGAAUACCGUCUGUCCCAUCCUUCUUACGGAUCUCCUUACCCCUUUUCUUCCUUUGGCUCCUGUCUCUAUUGGCCUUUCUGCUAUGGCUUAUUACCUUUGGAAGUAUUUUGGUCCUCUUGGUAAAGGAGGACCACGUUUCAGAAGAUCUCCUACUGAAAUUCCUGGUUCAUCCGUACAGGAACAAGUCCUCGAUCAUUUGCAACAAGAUAGUUCACAUGAAUAUCAAUUGGUGAAGGAACGAAAACCUCGUUCUGCUCCAACAAGAACAAAACGUUCUGGUCCCGUGAAUCGUCGCACAAUUAUUGAAAUUCAUUUUGAAGUGUUGGAUGAAUGUCAAAAAGGGGACACACAAUUGAACCAGAAGGAUUUUCUGGAACUUUUGGUUCAAGAAUUCAUGGGAUCCGAAUUUAUGGAAGAAGAACAGGUUCCUAUGGAAGAAGAACAGGUUCCUAUGGAAGAAGAACAGGUUCCUAUGGAAGAAGUUCCUAUGGAAGAAGUUCCUAUGGAAGAAGUUCCUAUGGAAGAAGUUCCUAUGGAAAGUCUUCCUAUGGAAGGUGUUCCUAUUGAAGAGGUUCCAAGUUUAGGUUCCGUGUUUAUGGUUUAG